AACAACAACAACAGUAGCCAAUCCGGGAAAAAAAUUUCCUUUACCACCCGUUGAUCUGGAAAAUUCCAAAAAUUCUGCAACAUAUGCCAAUUUGAUAGAUACAUUUUCCGGAUUAAAUAUUGUGAAUAUAAAUGAUGGUAAUCAUCAUUAUACUAAUCAAUUGAAUCCGGCAAUUGAAAAUCAAAAUUUACAAAAUCAGCAAUCCAAAUAUCAGCCACCGCCACCACCACCACAACAGACAACAACAAAAUCAUUCAAUCAAUCAAUAAAUCCGCAAUCGAUUUCGAAUCAAUCACCAUUAUAUGGAAAUGUUGAUGAUUAUCGAAUAUUGAAAAACACCACCACCAACAACAACAACAGCAAUACAAAUGAUUCUAUUUAUGGAUCUAAAUCAAAAAUACAAAAUAUUUAUGAUUCAAUAUUUGAACCAUUGAUUGUUUCAUCGUCAACUACAACAUCAUCAUCAUUAGCUGAUAAUAAUAAUUUUAAAAAUCGAUUGUCGAUCGAUAAUCAACAACAACAACAACAAAAACAAUAUCAGCCAAAAAUAAAUCAACCAAAAUCUGAAUCGGCAAUAUAUGUGAAUUAUAAUAAUAAUAAUAUAAAAAAUUCAAACAACAACAAGAAUAGCCAAAACGUAUUGAAAAAUCAAUCAUUGCCAAAUAUUAAAAAUUAUUUUCAUCCUACACGAUCAAAUACAACAACAACAACGACAAUAUCAUCAUCAUUCAUCAAUAAUAGCAAUAAUAACAACAAGACAAACAUUGUCAAAAAUCAAGAAGAACAAGUCGAUCAUUUAACCGAUUUAUUAGUGAAAAGUAUGGAAAAUUCGGGCGAAAUUGAUUUCUAUGGAAUGUGCAAUAAAUGUGGUGAAAAAGUUGUAGGUGAAGGUAGUGGCUGUACGGCUAUGGAAAUGGUUUAUCAUACACAAUGUUUCACCUGUCAUGGAUGUAAUAGCGAACUUCGUGGUAAAUCAUUCUAUUCAAUGGAUAAUAAUCCACAUUGUGAACAAUGUUAUUUGAAUUCAUUGGAAAAAUGUUCAAUAUGUGAGAAACCAAUUUUGGAUCGUAUAUUACGUGCAACAGGCAAACCGUAUCAUCCAAGCUGUUUUACAUGUGUUGUUUGUGAAAAAUCAUUGGAUGGUAUACCAUUCACGGUGGAUGCUACCAAUCAGGUUCAUUGUAUUGAUUGUUUUCAUAAUAAAUUUGCUCCACGUUGUUCAGUGUGUGAAAACCUCAUACCGGAAGCCGGCAAAACUGAAACAGUUCGUGUUGUAGCAUUGGAACGAAGUUUUCAUGUUAAUUGCUACAAAUGUGAAGAUUGUGAUUUGUUGCUUUCAUCCGAAGUUGAAGGACGUGGCUGUUAUCCAUUGGAUGAUCAUAUUCUUUGCCGUGGUUGUAAUGCUAAACGUGUACAAGCAAUCACUGGUUAAACACAAUUAGUAUGGAUUCAUUCGAUAUCUUGAUUUGCACACAAAACAAAAAAAAAAACAAAAACAAAACAAA